AUGACGUUCUCUCCAACGGGAAGAAAUGUUGAGGUUAACGGUUGAGGAAUGAAAUGAGGAAUCGCAACAGAAUGCAGAAAGAGAAGACGUCUGGAAGUCGGAGAAUCUGCUGCGAAUUAUUGUCUUCCUCGCGGCUCUCAUACCCGAUGGUAAACUGAUCCGUACUCUAUUCGGUAUAUCGAGUUACCACGUUAUUGCGUGCUGCGAUCGGAGAACCGGUCCGCGGGCUUUCACCACGAUGGACGUAUCGCAGUGAGCGACGAUUCCGCAGCAUGAACCACGAGAAUAUUCCGUUGUGCUGGAGGGAUGCGAAUUCGGGAUUAUCGCUAUUCUUCGCUACUCUGUGCAUCGUCGACAUUUUCGGCGUGUUUCCGAUAAUUGCGCUACCGCGGUCAAUCGUCCAAUGCGGACUGUAUGGGAUUCCUCUGGUGCUCAUUGUCUUCAGUUUACAAAUUUAUACGGCUAUUCUCUUGGGAAAAUCAUGGAUCAUCGCGAGUACUCUGGAUCCACAAAUUUUACGAAAAAAUCGCUACCCUCUCGCAGCUGUGACGGAAUUCACGAUGGGACCGCGCGCACGAUCUAUUGUCACUCUGCUCUUAGAUCUGACAGUUUUUGGUUGCGGUAUUCCAAAUUUACUAGUUGCUUCGCAGAAUCUGCAUCUAUUCGGGCUCAAAUUAUCAGGACAGCGUUUCGAUUUCUCUUUUUGUUAUUGGCUGUUAAUAGUCGGCGUUUUACUUUGUCCGUUGAUGUGGCUGGGUAGUCCGCGAGAUAUGAAAUGGGUGGCAACGUGCUCCAGUAUCACAGUUAUUUUAACAGCGAUAUUAGUAUGGUGGAGCAUCAUAACUGAUGAUCGAACAUCAUCCAACUUUGCGCCAGUGGUCACUUCACCGACGUGGGAUAAAUUUAUUUCCGGGUAUGGUAUGCUAGCCUUUCAAUUCGACGUGCAUCCUACCUUGAUGACGAUACAAGUUGAUAUGCGUCAGCCAGGAGACAUCGACAGAGCCAUAUUUUUCUCCUUUUUAACAAGCGGAUCUUUGUUCGCCCUUACCGCUUGCUUAGCUGUAUGGAAGUACGGUGAUAAUACGACAGCUAAUAUUCUUGAAGCUAUGCCAUCGGGAUCAAUUGCCGAUAUUGCUAUCCUAUUAGCUGCUCUUCAAUUGUGCUUCUCCAGUGUAAUCGGUUACUCAGCGCUUUUCCAGCAUCUGGAAGAUCAUUGGAAUGUGCGGAGAACGUUUGGAUGGAAACGAUGUGCCAUGAGAUCGGCCGUGGUUUUACUUAGUGUGGCCGUAGGUGAAUCAGUAUCACGAUUCGAUAUCGUCAUGGCCCUCAUCGGUGGAUCGUUAACUGGAUCGCUGGUCUUCGUGUUACCGCCUCUAAUAUAUAGCCGAAUGUUAGUUUUAAAAGACAGAUCGAUUCGAACAUCAAACAUCGAAAGAAAAAUUUUUAUGAGUUCUCGGAAGAAAUGCAACAACGAAGAACAAUGUUCGACAGACUCCAGAGCUCAUUCGCGUUCAAUCUAUUACGGUUUCUUGAGUGCCACGAAUAAUCCUCACAGCUAUGCAUAUCUUUACUUUGAUGACUUGGACGAGGAGACAAAUUCAUAUUCAAGCGAAUUUAUCGAUUGCUACGAGGACGAAGGAGAGAAAAAGGAUACCAUCCAAAUUCCGAUGAUUAGCACUCUUCGGGAAGAUCAGCCGCUUCUCAUUGAUGCAGCGGAGCCAACCACAAGUCAAAUCACGAAAUCUAUAGACAAUCUACAACAAGGGAUUACGGAAAUGACUGCGGACAAGAAAAAAUUAUGGACUUUCGAAAAAAUGAUUAAUUAUCUCGGCUGUUUCAUAAUAACGAUUGGUAUAGCAAUCACGCUAUCUUCAACAUAUGUAAACAUCUGGAACACCAUUCGUUACGUACGUUUUACGCCACCGUGCAUCAUCAACGCUACAGUAAAUCGAGUCUCUGUGUCCUAAACUAUGACAAUUUUAUUAUGCAAUUAGUCAUAUGUCUACAUAUAUUCUUAAAAAUACAAUACAAUUCAUUAAAUAUGCUUAAAAAGAAA